AUGGAUCCGGAAUUGAAGCGGGCCGCUGAGGAAGGAAACAUUGAGCUCUUGUACUAUUCCAUACGAAAGCAUGCAAAAGUCUUAGACGACAUCAAUGAGAUUUCAUUUGUUGACACUCCUUUACACGCUGCUGCAUCUGCUGGACAGACCCGGUUUGCCAUGGAGAUCGCCAUGUUAAAGCCGUCCUUUGCUACGAAGCUCAAUCAAGAUGGGUUCACCCCCAUGCACCUUGCUUUACAAUAUGACCACACCGACCUUGUGUUCCGGCUAAUUGAUGCUGAUAAGGACCUUGUCCGUGUCCAAGGAAAGGGCGGUGCGACUCCUUUGCAUUAUGUAGCACAAACUGGAAACCUCCAUCUUCUGCAUGCAUUUCUACAAGUUUGCCCCAAAUCCCUUGAAGUUGUAACAACUCAAAGGGAGACUGCCUUGCAUAUUGCACUAAAACACAACAGGUUCGAUGCUUUUGAAUACCUGGUGGGAUGGCUUCGACGUGCUUGGUUUAGACAUGCCGACUCGUGGGAAAGGAAGUUACUGAAUUGGGGGGAUGACGAAGGCAACACUAUAUUGCACAUUGCGGUAUCAAGAAAUCUACCCCAGGCAAGUUCUGUCCAUCCAUAUUUUCUUCUACUGGAAUAUACAAUGAGAAUAAUGGAAGUAUCUAUCUCGUUGAGCAUAGGUCUGGCUAUCUGUAAGAAUUCAAUCUCCAAAGCAUAUACGCAGCUCUCCCUCAAGUGA